AUGUUCACAGGUAUCAUUGAAAGUUUGGGUAAAGUCGAAAGUUUACAAAAUGUAGGCGGUGAUGUGCGCUUACGUAUUCAGACAGACUUGGAUAUGUCUGAUGUACAUUUGGGCGACUCUAUUGCAACCAAUGGGAUUUGUUUAACUGUGAUCGACUGGGGUGAAAACUGGUACGCUGCUGAUGUGUCCCGUGAAAGCUUAAAUCGUUCGACUUUAGCAAGUUGGAAAGCGGGGCAGGCGGUCAAUGUAGAAAAAGCAAUGUUGCCAACAACACGCUUCGGUGGACAUAUCGUCAGUGGACAUGUCGAUGCUGUGGGUGAAAUCACCGUAGUGCGUUCAGAUGCUCGCUCACUGUAUUUCGAAGUCACUGCACCUGUUGAAAUUGCUAAAUAUUUGGCUGAAAAAGGUUCUGUGACUGUAGAUGGAAUUAGCCUCACCAUCAAUCAUUUACGUGGAAAUAUCUUAAGUUUAAAUUUAAUUCCACAUACUGCUGAACGGACCAAUAUUGGAACGUGGAAAGUGGGCUCUCAAGUGAAUUUAGAAGUCGAUGUAUUGGCACGUUAUAUAGAAAGAUUGUUACUUGGUGAUAAAGCUGCUGAGCCAAAAGCAGAGUCUAAACUCAGUAUGGAAUUUCUGGCAGCCAAUGAACAAUUAUUGCCCACUUUUUUAGAAAAUUACGGGCUGUGGAUUUAUGCCAUUUUGUUUCUAAUCAUUUUUGCAGAAACUGGCUCAGUCUUUAUGUUUUUUCUCCCAGGUGAUAGUUUAUUGAUCGCUGUUGGUGCUUUAUGUUCUACCGCUGAAUCUGUGCAUUUGCACUAUAUGGGUGUGUUGCUGAUUAUUGCUUCAAUUUUGGGGUAUAUGGUGAACUAUUAUACGGGACGUGCGCUGGGUUUUAAGUUUUUCCACGCGCAUUCACGUUGGUUUAAGCCUGAAUAUAUUAAAAAGACCAACCAUUAUUUUGAAAAGCAUGGCGGGAAAACCAUUCUGGUUGCCCGUUUUGUGCCUUUUGUUCGUUCUUUUGCUCCUUUUGCAGCGGGUGCAGGGCAUAUGAAAAUGCCUGUAUUCAUGUUGUAUAACAUUUUAGGCGGAUGGAUUUGGAUUGCGCUGUUACUUGGUGCGGGUUAUGGCGCG